AUGGCCGCCUUCGUCCGCCGUCUGUGCCACAUCACCUUCCAUGUGCCCGCGGGACAGUCGCUUGCCCGAGAUCUGCAGCGCUUCUUCGGCUUCAAGCCCUUGGCGGCGCGGGAGGCAGAUGGCUGGCGGCAGCUGGCCUUAAGCAGCGGCCACGCGGUGUUUUUGGUGAACGAGGGCGUGGGGGGGGGGGAAACGCUCUAUGGCCUGGAUCCGCGUUACGCCGUGCCCAGUGCCACCAACCUGUGCUUCGAAGUAGCAGACGUGGGCUCAGCCGCCCGUGCGCUUGCACCGCGGGGCUGCAGAGUGCUGGUUCCUCCUGUUAGUGUGCGGGAUGUGCAGGGUGCUGCCACCUACACCGUGGUGAGCUCGCCGGCAGGCAACGUCAGCCUGACACUGCUGGAGCGCGCCGACUACCGCGGACCCUUCCUGCCGGGCUUCCAGCCCCUGCCCUCUGCAACCGGCCCCUCUGCAACCGGCCCGGCCUGGAUCAGCCAUGUAGACCACCUGACCCUGGCCUGCACUCCCGGCAGCUCCCCCACACUGAUGCGCUGGUUCCAUGACUGCCUAGGCUUUCAACACCACCCACUGAGCUCAGGUGAGGAUCCGGAGGGAGGCCUCGAGGUGAAAACAGGAUAUGGGCAAGGCGGGCUGAGGAUCUCUGCCAUGCAGAAUCCACUAAGUAAUGCUAUCCCCAUGCUUGUGCUAGGCGAGCCCCUGCAAAGAACCACCAAUAGACAAGACCCAUUGGAGCAUUUCCUGGCCCAGCACAGGGGGCCAGGCCUGCAGCAUGUGGCGCUGUAUACCCCCGACAUCAUAGAAGCCACUGAAAGGGUGACGUUGUCCGGUGGCCAGCUCGUGACUCCUCCCGAAGGUUACUACGAGCAGCCAGGCAAGGAAAGUCAGAUCUUAGCUGCCGGGCAUGAUCCUAGCAAGCUGGCCAGACAGGGAAUCCUACUAGAUGGUGAAAAAGGCAAAUUUUUGCUUCAGGUCUUCACCAAGUCUCUCUUUGCAGAGGACACCUUCUUCCUAGAGUUAAUUCAGAGGCAGGGGGCCACAGGCUUUGGCCGAGGCAACAUCCAGGCUCUGUGGCAGUCUACGGAGGAGCAAGCUGCCAAAGGCCAGGAAACCUAA